UCAUUGUUUUCAAUCACCAUUCAUAUUAAAGAGGCAACUCCAGAGGGUGAAGAGCUUAUUAAAUGUGGGAAGUUAAAUCUUGUGGACCUUGCUGGCUCUGAAAAUAUUUCUCGAUCGGGCGCUAGGGAUAAUGCUUUGGCCCAUCAAGCCUGUGUUUUGAGGGCUGACUUAGAGAAAUCUAUACAGGACAAUGCCUUACUAUUUUCUAAAAUAGCUAGAAAAGACCAACUAAAUUCUGCAAAUAGGUCAUUGGUUGACAAAUUUCAAGCUGAUUUGGCAAAGAGAAUCAGUACUAUUUGUAGCCUUCUUGUUUCAUCCAUUAAAAGACAGAAUAAACACCUACAGUCAGUUGAGAAUCUUAGCAAGUCAUGUCUAGAUUUUCAUGAUAAGGCUCUAAUUGAGUUGGAAAAGAAGGUUUCUGCAUCAAGGUUGAUGUACGCGUCUCACACAGAAGGAAUACAGAAUACAAUUCGCUUGCACAAAGCAACAAAUAAUGCAAGCUUGGAGGAGUUGUCAAAUAUGGCUUCUGAAAAUAGCUGUUCUCUUGAUCGCCUACUUGCUCUUGGUGGAGCCGAUGCAAACUUGAUUUUCACUGAUCUACAAGGCACUUUGUCUAAUCUCAGAGGAGAACUUGCACAGUUUACAAGGGAGCUUCGAUGUUUACUUUGCAUAUUAAAAACUGGAGAUGGACAUGUAAUUUUGUACAUAAAACUGUUUAUCUGUCCUUCCAGCUUUGUUUUUGAAGUUCUCGAUGAACUAAGAGAAAAAUCUAAUAAGCUUCAAUGCCAUUCAAUUCGGGUUCAUGAUGUUCCCCAGAGCAUCACUGAAUUCCAGAAGGCCUAUGAGGAGCAGAUAAGAUCCGAUGCAGAGAAGCUUAUAACUCAAGUCACAACCUUAAUUUCCACUCAAAUGAGUCGACAGAAAGCACUGUUUGAUGCGAAGCUCAAUGGUCUGAGAGAUGCUGCUUUGGAAAACAAAACUUUUCUCGACAAGCACACAUCGUCGAUGGCCGUCGUAACGAGCGACGCGAAGCGAAAAUGGGAGGAAUUUUACGUGCAGAUGCAGAAUGAUUCGAGGGAUGGGUCCGACUUCUCUAGUGUGAAGCACUGUAGAUUGGAAGCCAUUCUUCAACAAUGUGUUAAUACUGCUGAUACUGCAUCCCAACAAUGGGAGAAGGUCCAUGAAUCUGCCGGCGAAAUGAGCGCCAAGCAUGUUAAAGACAUGGAGGCUCUUGUUAGGAACACUAUGGAGAGCAAUGACCAACAUGAUACUGAAAUUGAUGCCUUGCAUUUGUUAGUGGAUGAAGAUGCUAAGAAGCAUAGCAUGGAAAUCAUUAAUCACUUCGAUGCCAUGUUGGAAUAUGAGAGAGAAUCAGUAGCAGGGGUAAUGGAAGCAGUGGAAGCCCACUCUUCAUGCCUGGAAGAGCUUAGCAAAGAUCAUAAUAGCAUGGCUUCCAGCAUCGACUCCUGCACUAGAACUACUUUUGAGCACGACUCCAUGGAUUAUGAGCCUAGUGGGGAGACUCCAUUGAGGUCCGAACCAGACUUGCCGAGCAAAGGGACGAUCAAAUCGCUUCGAACAAUGCCGAUGGACGCUCUCCUGGAGGAACUCAAGGAGAAUAACCCAUAUGAAUCCACAAAGGAGCCCAAACCUUCUCUCAUACCCCGCUCUCCCCUCAUCUAGUUGAACUAGGGAAGGUAUUCAUGUUCGCCUUUUCAUGCAUAUAUAAUGGUGUUUUUUGUUAUAUUUUUUUAUGAUGAAUUCUGAAUUUUGGGAGUUUACUCAUCUCCCUUAAUUACACAGCGAUGUGGAAUGUUGAUUAGUUGAGUUUGAGCAUGAUUUGUUGUGAGCUGGUGGUGUAAGUUUGUCAUAAAUGAUUUUUUAGGGUUUAGGGUUUACCUAUACAUCUUGUAAGCGUAUAUAUAUUGAUAGUUGGUGUUAAUAGCUUUGUGGAUGUUUUGAGUAUGAUAUAUAUCUUUGUAGGCAUGUUAUUAAUAACUAAAUUUGAAA